CAUAGGUCGCUUUAUAAAUUUUAAUUCAUAAAAAUAAUAAUAAAAAAAAAAAAAGUUUAAUUAUAUUAAAAUUUUUUCAAGCGGCGAAAUAUAAGCUUGCAUUUGUAGAAGUAAAGUUUUUUUUUUUUAUAGACACACAAUAAAAGGAGUAGUGUAUAUUAAUAUAUUUAUAUACAUAUUUUGCAUACUAUGACAACACCGAUAACAACAAUAGCACAAAAAGAAGUUCGUGUAGGUGUUGGAUGUUUAGUUACAUACAAAGACCCUAAAGAUAAACAAACACGUAUUUUAGUUGGUCAACGUGCAGGGUCACAUGGAGCAGGCACCUGGCAAUUGCCAGGAGGUCAUUUAGAAAUGUUUGAAGAAUUUGAACAAUGUGCACGACGUGAAGUACUAGAAGAAACUAACUUGAAUUUAUCUUUAAAAGAUAUUAAAAUGAUAACAGCUACUAAUGAUAUUAUGCCUGAGAAUAAAAAGCAUUAUGUAACCAUCUUUAUGUGGUGUCAAAUUGAACCGAACGACAUUACUCAAGUUAAAGUGAUGGAGCCACAUAAAUUGCAAGGUGAAUGGGAAUUUAUUACUUUGAACGAGUUGAAACAAAGAAAACCAUUAUUUUCCCCUUUGCAAAAACUUAUUGAUCAACAUGAUUUAAGCUUUUUAGAUUGAAUAUAUCGCUAAUCUUUCAAAAUACUAUGCGCAAUAAUAAUAAUAAAAAAA